CUAAAUUUACCUAAAUAUUUUUAUCACUUAGGAUAGGUUUUGAGUUUUCUUACUCCCUGAGGCUAGGUACAGAGUUAGUGAGUAGUGGGGCUUUCCAAUUAUCUACCUCUUAGAAGCGUCCGCCCAAAACGCGACGCGUCGGGUGUUUCAUGGUCGCGCGUUAAGUGACUCCCCACCUGCCAGCUAGCGUAAAGCAGCCUAGCAAUUUCGUGACAAAAGCACAUUGCUAUCUGCAUCUCGCAUUUCAUCCACCAGACAACCUCCCAUACUCCUUCCAUAACCAUAACACACCUUGCUUUGCGAGCUUCUCUGUUCACUUAUUCUUUGCUUAUACUCCCUGUCCAUCUCUACCCACUCAUUACCAGGAAACCUUUCAAUCAGUCAGUCACCUCCACCAACGAACACCCCGCCCUUUUUCUAUAUGCGUCGCAGCUUCACGUGCCGUGAGGAAAUGUAUCAGUGGUAUGCUAACAAAUAAACAGAGAUGUUGGAAGCACGACUCGCUCAAGCUGAUCUUCUGAAGAAAGUCGUCGAUGCAAUCAAGGACCUGGUCCAAGAUUGCAACUUCGACUGCAAUGACAGUGGCAUUCAGCUGCAGGCCAUGGACAACUCCCAUGUGGCCUUGGUUUCCAUGAUGUUAACUGCUGAAUCCUUCGAGCCAUUCCGCUGCGACCGCAACAUCUCCCUCGGCGUCAACCUCACAUCCCUGACCAAAGUCCUACGCGCUGCUCAGAGCAACGACGUUCUUACGCUCAAGGCUGAGGAUGGCCCUGAUGUGCUGAAUCUGCAAUUCGAGAGCCCUGAGAACGACCGUAUCAGCGAGUAUGACCUCAAGCUUAUGGACAUUGACCAGGAGCACCUGGGUAUUCCCGACACCGAGUAUGCUGCUACAAUUGCAAUGCCCUCUACCGAGUUUCGUCGCAUCUGUACCGACUUGAUGGCUAUGUCAGAAUCAGUGAUGAUUGAGGCCUCCAAGGACGGUGUCAAGUUCGCAUGCAAUGGCGAUAUUGGUAACGGCUCAGUGACUCUUCGAAGCCAUACCGAUGUCGAGAAACCCAAACAAAACGUCGAAAUUGAGUUGAGCGAGCCUGUCGCCCUCACCUUCUCCCUUAAGUACCUGGUCAACUUCUGCAAGGCUGCUGGCCUCUCCGAGCAGGUCAAGAUCAAGCUCUCUAAUGAAGUGCCCCUCUUGGUUGAAUACGACCUUGGAGGUCAAAGCCACCUGCGUUUCUAUCUUGCUCCCAAGAUCGGUGAUGAGGAAUAGAGGACUGCCAUAAUGUAAUACGACACCAUCGGGGCCAUGCAAGAAACACAGAUACCAAGAAUUUUGCCUGCUUAUUGGAAGUCUUUCUGUAGGCAUAAAAGGGGUGUGCGAAGGGAAAGGACAGUUUUGACGAUAAAUGAUAUUUUAAGAUCGUACUUCUCAAAAUUGAUACUGACAUGACACAACACUAGUCCUCCUACAUCGGAGAUAUUAUGUCUGUGAAUGUACUGUUUUAUUAUUGCCAGGAUAUGCUCAUAUUCCGAUACUAAGCAACCCGAUCGUUCCAAAGUUGAAGCUAUUCGCAGCAUAUAUACUAUACCUGAAGCCAUUACUCAUUGGAGUUA